AUGUAUGGAGCUUCCGCGAACCAGCGGUUGGGGGUGCGGAAUGACGCUCUACAAGGCGCCACGCUUGCAUUCCACUCCAGAGAUCCCUCGCCCGUGAAAGUUGGAUCUUCUAUCACCACCCCAAUGGCAGAUCCUCUGGGUCAUCAAAGGACUGGAUCUGACCCAGCAGCGGGAUCCGUGAAGGAUAAGGUCGGGAGGUUGGCUAGGCCACUUUCGCCUACACCCAGUACAUUAAGUGCGAGGGGACGACCAUCAGCCGCGCCUCUCUCCUCGGCCUCCCAAAUUGCCGCACGGCUCGCUGCGUCAAGGUCACCUAGACGAGAUACCACUCCGUCGACAACCGCCAGACCUGGUGCAGGUGCAGUACGAAAUGCGAGCCGGGUGCCACCUUCACAGGAGAAGCGACAGCCACCACCACCAAUCCCCGUCCGCUCAAUCCGAGGGACACAAAGUUCUUUGGAUCGCCCGCUGCACCAAAGAGCCUUGAUGUCUGACUCGGAUCUGGCUACUUACGGGCGCUCUUCAUCGCAACAAUCCAGCACCACUUUAGAUUAUCAGGAUAGUCGAGAAUCGAGCCCCCAUCCCUCCCUAGAGUCCCGGAAUUCGUCUCUGCUAUCAGACGAACCGAAACCGAAGCUUCCGCCGCGUGUGCCUCCACCACGAGGGUCUAGCAAAAACCAUGGAGUUGUCUCUAAACUGAGCCCUUCGACGCCGAGCGAUGUAUCUCUAUCAAGCCUGUCACCUACGAGUAUCACCACAAUAGAUGACUCUAUUGGCAUGAGCGAGGAAGCCCUUUCUAAUGCUAUUAUCGCCUCAUCCAUAGCAUCAACUCGAGCAUCCCCAUCUAUCAGGGGGUCCCCCCGCCGCUUCCCCAACGACGACGGAUCACCAAGUCCACCGAAGAGCAUCCCGAUGACCCUUCGUGGCCUGCCGAAACCCACCGAUGUCAACCACCGAAGACACAGGAACCCCUUGCACAAACACCCCCACAAGCACAAGGAGGGGGACCGUAAACGUUGGCAACGCGAAGUCCUUGAACGGGAACGCAAACGUUACGAAGGUGUCUGGGCCUCUAAUAAAGGGCUUCUCAUCAACACCGAGGGCCCCGGUCCCAGUAAAGACGGGUCAUGGCCACCUGAUGCCUCGGAUAUGGUUCUCAACUUGGUGGUCCGGGAGAUUUGGUCCCGUAGCCGUCUGCCAGAGACGACUCUAGAGCAAAUUUGGGACCUGGUCGAUCAUCAAAACAUCGGGCUCUUGGUACGUGAGGAAUUCGUGGUUGGAAUGUGGUUAAUCGACCAGAACUUAAAGGGACAUAAGAACCCUGUGAGAGUUCGAGAUAGCGUUUGGGAGAGUGUACGGCAUGUUGGCAUUAAACUACCCCUCGCUCGCAAAGGCAAGGGUCAUACUUAA